AUGGCGGGGUACGGGGAGGAGAACCAGAACGUCAUGAACGGGUACGAGGAGGAAGAGGAGGAAGAAGAGGUUGAAGAGGUCGAGGAGGUGUACGAAGAGGAGGAGGAGGAGGGGGACGGGGAGGGGGAAGCGGACGAGGGGGCUGCAGCCGCCGAGGCGGCGGCGAUGGCGGCCGAGACGAGAAGCGUCGUUGGAGGCCGGGGCCUAGCGGAGGCGGAGGCCGCCGCUGGGAAUGUUGAUGCUGGUGGCGAGGAUGGGAGGAUGCAGAUUCUGGUGGCGGUGAUGCCUCGGGAAACAUUCACAAAGCAUUUUCAGAAGUAUGGAGCAAUCACUGAUUCUGUGAUCAUGAAGGACAAGCAUACUAGGAUGCCUCGUGGAUUUGGAUUUGUUACAUUUUCCGAUCCAUCUGUGCUUGACAGGGUUCUAGAGGAUGAUCAUGUCAUAGAUGGAAGAACAGUUGAAGUCAAAAGGACUGUUCCAAAAGAGGAAAUGUCAUCGAAAGAUGGACCGAAGACAAAAAAGAUCUUUGUGGGUGGUAUCCCACCAUCUCUUACCGAAGAUAAAUUAAAGGAGCACUUCUCAUCGUAUGGGAAGGUGGUUGAGCAUCAGAUUAUGCUUGACCAUAGCACUGGACGCUCACGUGGCUUUGGAUUUGUCACAUUUGAAAGCGAGGAUGCUGUUGAAAGGGUUAUGUCAGAGGGGAGAAUGCAUGAUCUUGGAGGGAAACAGGUCACUUCUUUAUCUUUCAUUGUGUUUAGUGAUGGAGAUGCUAGACUGGAUUCUGGUCAUGGUGACGAAGAUGGCGUCGGAUUUGGAAGAAAGCAAUGCGCGCCUUCGAGCUGCCUAUCUGGCCUUGUCACCGGCAACAACGACUCCGCUUCCUCCAACGCCAAGCCUGCCGGCAACGACUCCACCUCCAACGCAUUGUUGAUGGCAUCAUCUGCACCAGAGAACAUUGCCUCCACCAUCCUCAUCGCCAACCUCGACAACUGCGAGCGUGAGAUUGACCUCUCAACCAACAGCAUGCCUGCGACAACCUCCGCGACACUGCCCACAUCUUCCUCAAUCCCUGAUCCGUCCCGUGUUGAUGACCUUACCGUCCAAUUCUCCAACAUUGAAGACCAUGUCUGCACACCAACUACCUUCUCACUUGGCAACAAGGGCCACAACUUAUUCAUCAGCUUCACCAACUUUGUUCUGAUUCCAGCAGCGGGCAUAGUCCUGUCCUGUGUCAAGACCUGUUCCUGCAGUGCAUAUGAAGUGAUCGCUGAUCGAGAGACAUCAGUAUAUUUGAGGAUAUGGAGGAUGAUGCUGAAGGCGUCGCCUAGGCGACAAGGCGUGCUAUGGGCGCUGGGCGUCGGGGUCGCCACGACCUCCGACGGAAACACGUAUGGCAAGUUAAGCUCAAAUGGAAGACAUAGUCGUGGUGGUGGUCACCGUGAUUCAUACCGUGGUAGUGGUGGUGGCAGUGGUGUUUCUGGCAACAGCAGUGGUGGUGGCUAUGGAUACGGUGGUGGCUACCGAUCAACUGCUGUAGCAUACUAUGGCAGCACAGCAUAUGGUGCCUACGGCAGAGGGUAUGGAUAUGGUGGUACUGCUGCUGGCUAUGGCUCAGGUUAUGGCUCUGCAUAUGGUGGCUCCAUGUAUGGAGAUCCAUAUGGUGCCUACGGGGCAUAUGGUGGUGCCUAUGGAGGUGGUGCAUAUGGUGCUCCAGGAGGGUAUGGUGCGGGAGGAUAUGGCAGCUACGGUGGGGCUGGAGGCAUGGGUGGUGGUGGCAGUGCUGGUGGUCGGGGCGCCAGCAGAUACCACCCUUACGGAAAAUGA